CCUCGUAAGAAGCCUGUCGUGCUCCUGCGCACAUGCUACACCUUUUGUUCGACACGGCUGCAUAUGUCUCACUUAGGCAAGGCUCAGCGUCACUCUCUUUCCAUCAUGUCAUGAUACUUUUCUCUGUCUGGAUUUUGUCUGUCCACAUAAAAUUGAGCAGUCAAGUUGAUCAGUCGAUUUCGUGAGUGGAUGGUCCAGCUCUGCUUUCAACAUGCUCGAUCCCCUCAAAGCUAUAUCGCUGGCCGGCAGCGUCGUACAGUUCGUGGAUGUCAGCGCGAAAAUCUUAUCGAAGACUCGAGAAUUGUCAUUACAUGGCACGACGCAAGAAGCCUAUAAUGUCGAAAUUGUGAUUCAAGAUCUGCUAAGACUCUCCAAGAAGCUGAAAGAUGGAGCCCAAGCGGCUAGUGCCAUCCCUCAAACAGACGAUGAUAAAGCCCUGGAAGAGUUGUGCAAGGGCUGCAUCAAUCUCUCGGAGAGAGUGAUGAAACGUUUGGAUAAGCUGAAGUUAGGAGAAGGUAAUAGUAAGCGACUUGCUUUCGUCCAUGCGCUGAAGGGUGUAUGGUCGCAGAAAGAGUUAGAGGUUGAAGAGGCUCAAUUAGCUGCAUAUCGAAGUCAGCUAGAGUUCCAUGUGUUAACAUCUUUCAGAGAUCGAUUCAACCUGGCAGCAGUAUCCCAGAGCCCUGUUACUUCGGAGGAAGCUUUCCAACGUAUCAUAUCAGCUCUGGCCAAGAAUAGCAAGCUAUUCGAGUCGUCCAUCUUCAAGCAAACCAAUACCAUCACCCAACUUCACACAGAAGUCAAGGAAACUACGGUCAAGGAACAUGAAAAAACUCGAUCGAUACUUCUAAAAGCUGUUCACGAAGUGGAUGCAAGUAGGACGCCUUCUGGAACCACCAAACUUGACCAUCCGAUCAAUCAGGAGCAAGAGUUGGAGGCCCGGCGGCGAGCUGAGGAUCACAUACUUCGCAGCUUGCGAAUACCAUCGAUGUCGGAACGUUACAACCGAAUCGUGGAGGCUCAUGCUGCAACAUUCCAAUGGAUCUUCAAGGAUCCAGCUGCAGAAGACCGACCGUGGAGUAAUUUUGCCCAAUGGUUGAAGGACGGCGAGGGUAUUUACUGGAUCAAUGGAAAAGCUGGGUCUGGUAAAUCGACACUGAUGAGAUACAUCUAUGAUCACAAACAGACCAAGGACCUCUUACGUGCUUGGUGUGGGGAAUUGCCCCUCAUAGUCGCCUCGUUUUUCUUUUGGACCAGCGGUGCAACAGACCUCAAGUCUCAGAAUGGCCUGCUGUCUCAGAAUGGCUUGCUGCGAUCUCUUCUCCACCAGCUCCUUUCUCAACAUAGAGACCUAAUCCCUAUCAUAUUGCCCGACCAGUGGCAGGAUGAGUAUGUCGAGCCGGUUGAAUGGCGACAAGACUUCCAGUGGAUCCGCGAUAUUCUUAGGCGAGCUUUUGAUGCUCUUCGAACUCAGGACCAAACUCGCGUGUGCCUUUUCAUCGACGGCCUCGAUGAGUAUGAAUGCGACCUGGAUGGAAGCUACGUUGAGAUUAUUUCUCUCUUCACCGGGUUGGCAGAGUCUGCCAAUAUCAAGAUAUGCAUUUCGAGCCGUCCUUGGCUUGUAUUCGAAGACGCUUUUCGACCCUCUCCGAGCCUUAAACUUCAAGACCUAACUUUCAAUGACAUAAGCGGGUAUAUCGAUGACAAAAUCAACGGGCACGAGAGGAUGAGAGAAUUACGCCAAUUGCAUGCGGAAAGCGCCGAUAAUUUGACCUUGGAAAUCGUCACCAAAGCCUCUGGUGUUUUUCUCUGGGUUAAACUUGCUGUGAAUUCACUCCUUGAUGGCUUUACAAAUCGAGAUCAUAUUUCAGAUCUCCAAAGACGACUUCGCGAGCUUCCUGCUGAUCUCGAAAGCUUUUACAAGCACAUCCUGAUAAAUCAUAUUCAGCCGUUCUAUUACGAACAAUCGUCACAGUAUUUCCAGAUUAUGCAAGCCGCCAAUAGACCAAUUUUCAGAACUAAAGAUUACUCUCGACCGCCACCUCCGCCGAUUUCUCUCCUGAUAUUGUCACUGGCCGAAGAAAAGGAUAGCGCAGUAGUCUUAUGCCCACCAAAACAACUCCUGAGUUCCGACCACGUAUCUUAUCGCUGCAAAGAAAUGGCCGCGAGGCUGAAGAGUCGAUGCGGGGGAUUGUUAGAGGUUCUUGAAUUUGGUACGAAGGUUAUUCAGUAUCUCCAUCGAAGUGUUCGAGAUUUUCUUGACCUACCAAACACAAAACUCCUGCUUCUCUCUCGCACUCAGAAAUCAUUCAACGCGGACGAAAGCCUGUUGAAGGCGUGGCUUCUCCACUUGAAAUAUGUCACGCCCCGCCAACCAUUGCGCACUGUUCAUAACCAUCUUGAACCAAUUUCGCAGUUGGUUGAGGCUGCUCUCCAGCAUGCCCGCUGGGCGAUGGAGGUGACUGGCAACUCGUAUGUUCAGUCUCUGGAUGAAUUAGACAGUAUCGUCAUGCAUCGCUGGCAAGAAGAGCCUCAAGAGAUUCUAACGCCGAGGGGAGAACUGUUGGAUCUUCGAAUUCUGGGAGCGCACUGGGCCAGUUUUAUGAGAUUCCGUCACCCAACCGACGUGCGCACGAGAACCAAUCGAGACAAUUUUCUAGCUCUUACACUAUCGUUUGGCUUGACAGAGUAUGUAAGAGAGAAGCUCAAAUUGAACGGAGACAAAUUGUUCAGGAAGCCUGGGCGCCCGCUACUCGACUACAUUGCGUACUCAGAUAUGACAGUAAGUUCCGAGCUGGUGUCUCUCCUCCUGAAAAAAGGGGCCAAUCCAAACGAGAGAUUCUCUGGAUGCAGCACUUGGCAGUACAUGCUCGAACUUAUUGAGGAUCUCAGGAUCUCAGAACCUUGGGUCUGUGCAGAUGCUGAUCAUUAUCGGAAAGAGUUGGCGGCCACUUUGAGAUUGUUAGUCGAAAAUGGGGCUCAUCCAAACCUCCUCUGCACGCAUAUCAAAAAUUCCCAUUGCCCGAAAGAAGAACCCAAAUACCAUGCAUACUUCUCGACACCUGCCACGAUUUUCUCCCCGGGUGGAAUGUCUUCCGACCCUGGGUUGGUUGAAGUGAUCAAAUCCCGCGGAGGCAUCGAAUACUUGGAGGUAGUCUCUCUUCAAUCUACCGAUUGGGAUGACGCCGAGGCAGAAGCCAUGAAAAUCCAGCCUGGGGUACUUCAGCGACUGCAGACGGUUCUUAGGCUACGGAGAUCGAAGAAGAGGCCAAAGAAAGGCAACAACAAUUGGAGAUCACGCCGAAAGGGACAAUAUCGAGCAAAUCGGCCGCGAUGAUUGAUUUGAUGGCCUUGGUUAAGCUGGAAUCAAGUCCGCACGCAAGGAAGUCAAGUCAAGUCAGAUCAGUUUUGUGAAAGCCA